AUGAGUGCUCAACCAUUCGUCAACUCAACACGACCUACGGAGUACGGGCCUAUCUUGCGGGUCGGCCCCAACGACAUUGACAUUGCAGACGGCGCUGCCAUCUCAGUGGCAUAUUCCAACAAAAUUGAGUUUUCAAAGUCCGAGUGCUACCCCAAGUUGGCUGUUGACGGACAUGAGACCAUCUUUUCAACACUCGACUCAACCUACCGUGCGAUUCGUAUCAAAGUGGUGUUACCCUUGUUCUCUCUUACCUCAAUCAGACAAUAUAGCAGCAUCAUUGACAGUUGUGCAACAAAUUUCGUGGGUCGGUUGAAGAAGGACUCCGUAUCGGGGAAGCCAGUUGAUGUCAUGAACUUGGCUCGAUCAUUUACUUGCGACGUCACUACUGCUUAUCUAUUCUGUGAGGAGUAUGGAGCUUUGGAGGAGACGUCUUCGCAGCUAUCUGCCUCGCAAUUUGUGGACUCAUUUCUAGACGUUAGCCGCUUCUUUCAUCUCCUAACAGUAUUAUUUAAUGUUUUAAGAUUGCUUGCGGGCAUAAUUUCUUCUGAUGAUAGACUGAACAACUCAGUUGCUACUAUCGACACAUACAUUAAAAGAAUGGUCGAGGGAAGCAAGGCGAAUGCGGAGAGUUACUCGAGUCGACUACUGGACCAAGGUAUUUCGGCGGGAGAGACAACGAAGCAUCCUCACAUGGAAGAAAUAAACACCGAGGAGAAAUUCACCUCGCGACUUCUGACAAUGGGUAGAUACGAAACUCUAAGAAUGGAAGUCAUGGAUCUUCGUAAUCUACAAGUUGACCCUCAAGCUCUACCUUAUUUCAGUGGUGUUGAUAAAGAUGGCUUGCGUCUUGCCAUGGUCAGUCCAACACGGCUCCCUAGAAAGGUUCCAGCAUCCGGAAUGAAUGUUCAAGGAUACUACUUUCCACGCAGUACAAAUGUUGGUCAUGGCUCAUUUUAA